CACAAUAAGCUACCCGAGCCCAACAAACAAACCAACCAAUUUUUCCACUCAUUUGCAAAAUCCCCAAAUAUCCCAAUCCCAAAUUCUGCAAAACCCUAAAAAACAAAAAAAAAACAAAAAACCUCACUUUACCAGGAAAAAAAAAGGGGAAGAUGAAGAAGAUGAAAAUGGGAAAAUUUCCAAAACCAGCUUCAAUCCCACAACCAAAAACUCCAUCUUCUCUGAUUCCUUCUCAAAAACCCAGCAAAACCCCAUUAAUCCCUUCCUCCAAGUUCAACUUCAAAUCUCCAGACCUCUCAGCUGCCAAAUCCCUCUUCAACUCCAUAAGCUCCACCGUCAAUCCCGAUCUCAAUCACACCAACUCCUUUCUCAAAUCCUACGCCUCAAUCUCCACCGUCGACGAUUCCAUCUCCCUCCUCCGCCACAUGAUCAAAACCCACCCCGCCUUCUCCCCCGACCGAUCCACUUACCACAUCUUGCUCACCCACUCCUGCGCCGCACCCGAUCCCUCCCUCUCCCCCGUCCACGGCGUUCUCAACCUCAUGUCCUCCGCCGGCUUCUCCCCCGACAAAGUUACCGCCGACAUCGCCGUGCGGGCGCUAUGUUACGCUGGAAAAAUUGAUCAUGCGGUCCAACUGUUCGACGAAAUGUCUCUGAGACAUUCCGUCCCGGAUUCGUACACCUACAACUUCCUCGUCAAGUGUUUGUGUAAAUGCCGGCCGUUGAGUACUAUUUACGAGUUUAUCGACAAAACCCGGAGCUCUUUUGGGUUGAAACCCGAUCUUGUUACGUAUACCAUUAUCAUUGACAAUGUUUGUAACAGCAAGAACCUCCGCGAGAUCACACGGUUGGUGGCGGUUCUCGGGGAAGAAGGGUUUAAGCCCGAUUGUUUUCUUUACAACACGAUCAUGAAAGGAUAUUGUAUGCUGAGUCGGGGGAGCGAGGCGAUCGAGGUUUAUAACAAGAUGAAGGAGAAUGGGGUUGAACCCGAUACGGUGACGUACAACACUUUGAUCUUUGGGUUGGCGAAAUCGGGGCGGGCAAAGGAGGCCAGGAAGUACUUGAAGAUCAUGGCAGAAAAGGGUCAUUCGCCCGAUGUUGUGACGUAUACGUCGCUGAUGAAUGGGCUGUGUCGGGAACGGGAUGUGUUGGGGGCGUACGCGUUGUUGGAGGAGAUGAAGGAGCGGGGUUGCGAGCCAAAUGAGUGCACUUACAACACUUUGCUUCACGGGUUUUGCAAGGCGAAGAUGGUGGAGAGAGGGGUUGAGUUGUAUCGGGUGAUGAAAGAACGUGGGAUGGAGCUUGACACGGCGGCUUAUGCCACAUUGGUGAGGGUGUUUUGUAGGCGGGGUGAGGUUGCGGAGGCUUAUGAGGUUUUUGAUUACGCGGUCGAGAGCAAGAGCUUGACCAAUGUUGCUGCUUACUCGACUUUAGAGAGUGCACUCAAGGAGGUCAAUAAAGCCAGAGAACAGGGCCGAAUUGCCUAGCCUUUUUUAUUUGGUUAAUUUAUUGGAAAUUCUUUGUUAUUCUCUAUUAUAAACUUCACUACUUGGUUACUUGUAACACAAGAAAUGCCCUAACGCUUCUUUAUUCUGUUUUUUUAAGUAUAUUGAGUUGCAAAAGGAUUUAAAGGGGGUGUUGGGAAAAAUGGAUAGUGGAGAAUAGAUCCUCAAUGGAUGUCAUUUAAAGUUUGCACAAGGAAAGAUCAACGGUUCCUCCUUUCACUU